CACACACACACACAGACACACAUCCUCCCCCCCGGCGUGGACAGGUGAGCCGGCCACGGCGAGAUGGCCGCCCUCGCCAGCUCUCUGAUCCGGCAGCGCAGGGAGGUGAAGGACCCCCAGGCCAGCCGGCAGAUCUCCAGCAAGCGCAAGCCCUGCCCCAAGAGCAACAAGUCUCUGUGCCAGAAGCAGAUCCUCAUCCUCAUCUCCAAAGUUCGACUGUGUGGAAACCGAGGGCGCAAGCUGGAGAAGAGACCUGAGCCUCAGCUGAAGGGCAUUGUCACGCACCUCUACUGCCGGCAUGGAUUCUACCUCCAGAUGUUACCAGACGGCAGCAUGGAUGGCACAAAGGACGAGAGCAGCUCCUUUUUGCUGUUCAACUUGAUUCCUGUGGGCUUGAGGAUAGUGGCCAUCCAGAGCACUAAGACAGGCCUGUACAUCGCCAUGAACAGUGAGGGCUACCUCUACAGUUCGGAGCACUUCACGCCAGAGUGUAAGUUCAAAGAGAGUGUGUUUGACAACUACUAUGUGACAUACUCGUCCAUCCUGUACCGGCAGACACAGUCGGGCCGGGCCUGGUACAUCGGCAUUAACCGUGAUGGGCAGGUCAUGAAGGGCAACCGGGUGAAAAAGACCAAAGGUGCAGCCCACUUCCUGCCCAAGCUCAUCGAAGUGGCCAUGUACAGGGAGCCUUCACUGCAUGAUAUCGGCGAGCAAAGCCCUCCACGGAAAACGGCCAAAACCUCAGACUCCCCUGUCCACAGUAACAUGAAUGACCCACCGCCUCCCAAAACUUGUGCUUCCUAGCAACCGGAGGAGCACAACCUGCCACACACACCAACAUGCAAAGGACCACGGCAUAGACUUGAUAUAAACACUGAUUAAAGUCCUGCAGCUGACAUUGAAAACUUCGUCACCCACCUGCCAGAUGGACCCAUUGCCCACUGUACCUUUCUUCUGCUGUUGUCUUCCUGUUUGAGGCUGGGAAUGUUUGAGCAAUAAGAACCCUGAGCUGUUGGUGUGGGCAUCACGCAGGAGAAACAGGCCAUAUGUGACUGAAAGUCCUUUCAGAUUUUUCUCCCUUUUUUAAAUCGACUCCCUCACUGAGGGAAAUCCACUACCCCAGCUGCACCCCUAAUCAGAGAGGUGUAUGACAUUGGACGUUCUGAGCGCUGACAGGUCCCGAGGAUCGCUGGCAUUGUUUUGGAAGCUAUGUGCGUGUGAUCUGAUCUUGCGUGAUAGCUCAGAACCCCUGCAAACGCCCCCUCCCCACCAUCUCUAUGCCGAAGA